AUGUUUAAUGUAUAUAAAAACUCUAAAACUGUUCAAUGUAAAUGUAAUAAGCAAGUAAAAUUAGAUAAAACAUAUCGCGUAAAGAAUUUAGAAACUCAUGCUUCUGGCAGUGGGUGUUUAUUUCAGAAUGGUACAAAUAAGGGACAAUUUAGUAUUUUAAAUUUUGUAAAACGCCCUUUAGAAAUUGACGAAAAUACACCUGUUCAAAUAUCACCUAUAUUAUACAUGCCACCCAAAUUAUUUUGGACUGCCGUAAUUAUAAGUCUUAGUGAUGAUAAAUAUCUGGAUUAUAUUUUACUUACACCAACGCAAUAUGGAGGAGGAAAAAGGGAUUAUAUAUUUACAAUAUUCAGCAUAAAUUGUGAGCGAAAAACAUGGCACCCAAGUGGUAUUUGUAUAAAUUGCCAAGCUAUACGUGAUAAUGCACAUUUUAAAAGAGCUUUAAUCGAGAUAUAUCGUUCUAGUGUUGAUGGUCAAGAAGCAAAAAUAUGGCUAGAAUUAGCCGAAUUGGGUCAAAAAGGUGCAUUUAAUUCAAAUAAAACCUUUACCGAAUUAGUUAAUUUGAUGAUUAAACUCAAAAAUUUGGAAGAACGUGAUAAAAAAAAAUGGACUUAA